CGGUGGGAUCGGGGACGAGGUGGUAUUGUGAGUGCUUACCGCUAAAAUCUGAGCAAAUUGUAAAGUGAGAAGUUGUUACAUUAUUCAGGGCAUGGCAUAUAGGCGAUACACUUAAAAACUUGCAGCGGCACGGGUAGCAGGGCUUACACCAACAGACAUCUGAAAGCUGUCACUACUAAGUGAGCCAUGUGGAAGCCAUCCAAGCCAGUCUCUCUGGCCGACUUCAUGGCUGGUGCGGAUAACUUUGGCGGAGUAACUCUUUUUGAAGAGCUACCUGGAACUACUGCAAUUAGCAAGAGCUUGAAAACUAGCAAACAAUGCAAGAAAGCUGUCAAACCUUCUGCCAAGAAAACACUCAAGUCCAAAAAGCGAGUUCGUGACGCUGUGGCCGAGGAAGAUGACGGUCAAGAGGAGACCUUGCUCCCUGCCCCACCGAGGAAGAAGCGCAAGCGAAGGGUGGCCCGGAGCGCGCCGUCAGGGCCGACGUCGACGGCUGUUGAGGCCGACCCGGCUGCCGUAAUCGCGGCCAGUGACACGGACGUCUCCAACUGGGAGGUGCUGCACGUGCCGCCGGUGCUGCUGGCCGGCCUGGCAGACCUCGGUUACGAGCAGCCUACCGAGAUCCAGCGGCUGUGCCUACCGGCGGCCAUCCGGGGCCGGAUGGACCUGGUGGGCGCCGCCGAGACCGGCUCCGGCAAGACGCUGGCCUUCGCGCUGCCGGUGCUGCACGGUGUGCUGAUGGAGCGCCGGAGAAUGGCCGACGCCGCAGACUCUGGAGCUGAUGAUGAUGCUGGGGAUGAAGGUAGUGAUGACGGCAGUCUAAAAACGAGCGGCCCGAUUGGACCGAAGGCGCUGGUGCUGGCCCCUACCCGCGAGCUGGCCAUCCAGGUCAAGAACCACAUGGUGGCCGUGGCCAAGUACACGGGAAUCAAGGUGGUGACGGUGGUGGGCGGGAUGUCGGAGCAGAAGCAGCAGCGGCUGCUGUCCCGCCGGCCGGAGGUGGUGGUCGCCACCCCGGGCCGGCUCUGGGAGUUUGUCGAGGCCGGCGACCCGUACCUCUCGACCCUGAGCCGCCUCAGGUUCCUGGUGGUCGACGAGACGGACCGCAUGCUGGAGAAGGGCCACUUCCAACAGCUGCACCUUCUUCUCGAGCGCAUCAACGCCGACAAAGACCUGGCGGAGAAGCGGCAGAACUUCGUGUUCUCGGCCACGCUAACACUGGGCGAGGAGGCGACGCGGCGCGACCUCCGGCAGCUGCAGAAGAUGUCGCCCGAGCAGAAGCUGAAGCACGUCACCUCCAUGGUCGGCAUCCGGCCCAACAACAGAAAGGUGGUGGACAUCACCCGUGCCCUGGGAACGGCCGCCUCUCUGACCGAGAUGGCCGUCUCGUGCUCGAUCCCGGAGAAGGACGAGCUGCUGUACUACUUCGCCCUUCAGCACCCGGGCCGGACGCUGGUCUUCUGUAACAGCAUCGACUGCGUGACCCGGCUGGGUCGGCUCUUCACGCUGCUGGACAUGGCGCCGCUGGUGCUGCACGCCAACAUGCAGCAGCGACAGCGGCUCAAGAACCUGCAGCGCUUCCAGGCACGACCGGCGGCGCUGCUCGUGGCCACGGACGUGGCGGCGCGCGGCCUGGACGUGCCGGGCGUGCAACACGUGAUCCACUACCAGGUGCCGCGCACCACCGACGCGUACGUGCACCGGAGCGGCCGGACGGCGCGGGCGCGCGCCGAGGGCUUGAGCGUGAUGCUGGUGGAGCCGGCAGAGAUGGCCGCCUACCGCGGGCUACUUCGCCAGCUGCACAGAGACGCCGACCUGCCGCCAUUCAGCGUGGACGGCGACGUGCUGCGCGCGCUGAACGCGCACGUGACGCUGGCGCGAGCCAUCAACCUGGCCGAGCACCGGCAGCGGCGCGACGUACGGGUCUGGAUGCCCUUCACCAGGCACGGCCGGCUGCAGGUGCCGCGCAGGAACGUGUCGGCGCUGCAGGUGGCCAAGGACGGCGACGCCGGGAGUCGCCCGGACAAGCGGAAAGCGGUCGCCGCCGCGGCCCCGAGCCACAAGCCCAAGCAGGCUGCCAGCGCCAAGCGCCGCAGGAAGAAGAGCUGGUUCGCCAGGAAGGGCAAAUAG